AGAGCGGAUAUCAGAUCUGUCGCAGAUCUGUUUUAGUUAUUUCCAGAUAUAUUCGUAUUGUUCUAUUUGCGUCUCCUUCGUUUAGGUACAGCAAAAUUAAUUCAGUAAUGUCAGGAAUGGAGGUCCCGGGCUCUGACAGCGACUGGAGGAGUACUGGGUUUCGCCAGAAAGUAGUGGCGCAGAUUGAGGAGGCUAUGAGAAAAGCUGGCACUGCGCAUACCAAAUCUAGCAAUGAUAUGGAGAAUCAUGUGUUCAUAAAGGCCAAAAGCAGAGAGGAGUAUCUUUCCCUGGUAGCAAGGUUGAUAAUCCAUUUCAGAGAUAUCCAUAAGAAGGCACAAGGAGGACCAGACCCAAUGAAUGCCUUGCACAAUCUGACAGGAGUGGGUGGGUCUGGAGCUGUUGGCAUGGGACCACGUCCAACUGUUGCCCCCAUGGGUGGCAUUGGGCAGAUGCCGAUUGGCCAACAUACCAUGCAGGGAGUAGCCGGAAAUCCACAGCCUGCUGGCGGUCCAGGGCAGAUACAGAUGCAGCAGAUGGUACAACAUCAACAGCAGUCAAUUCAGUUUCAGCAGUUCCAGGCAUCGCAGCAAACAGCCAUGCAGCCGCAACAGCAAACAGCAAUGCAACAGAACGCCAUUCAUCAACAGUUUCAAGCCCAGCAGCAGCUGAAGCUUCAUCAACUCCAGCAGCAGCACCAUCAAAAUCAGCAGCUCCAACACCAAAACCAACAGCAGCAGGUCCAAACCCAACAGCAACAACAGCAGCAGCAACAACAGAACCAGAUGCAACAGUCAAGACUUCAACAGCAGCAGCAGCUUCAUUUGCAGCUUCAGCAGCAGAACAUCCAGAACAUCCACCUGCAGCAGCAGCAACAGCAACAACAACAGCUGCAGCAGCAGGCGCAGGCCCAGCCUGGGCAGAUCCCGCCCCAUUCACAGGCUCAGCAAGUCCUUGUGCCCCAGUCUCUACCCGGGCAGAUGCCCCCAGGACAGCAUCAGGCCAUGAACUCACUAAACCAGCAGCAACAGCAGAAGGCAUUUCAGGCAUUGCAUAGGGACAUGCAGGCUAGAGUAUUGCAGCAGCAGCAACAACAACAGCAGCAGCAACAACAACAACAACAACAGCAGCAACAGCAGCAGCAACAGACUCAGCAGCAGCCGCCGCAGCAGCAGCAGCCGCAGCAGGUUCAGCAGAUCCCAGCGCCCAAUCAGACUCAGCUCCCUGGAUUACCUAACCCGAUGAUGCCCCGCCCUGGGAUACAACCACCCCGGUUGCCCCGCGUCACCCCGAACUCUGCCAUUCCUCCAAACCCCGCUGCAAUCGGAGCACAGCAAAUGUCUCAGACCCAGCCGAUGUCCUCUCCCUCCCCAGGACAGAUGCAGACACCACAGCCUAUGCCCCCCCCACCUCAACCACAGCCAUCCCCACAGCCUCCCUCCUCUCAACCCAACUCUGUCAGCUCCGGUCCAACACCGUCUCCAGGCGGCUUCCAGCCGAGUCCCUCACCUCAGCCUUCCCACAGUCCAGCCACGGCGCGCACUCCCCAGAGCUACCCACUUCAGGUACCCUCUCCCGGGCCUCUCAACACCCCAGGCAACCCCAGCUCUGUGAUGAGCCCUGCAAGUGCCACACAAUCAGAGGACCAGUUGUAUAUGGACAAACUGAAGCAGCUUUCCAAAUACAUUGAGCCACUGCGUAGGAUGAUCAAUAAAAUCGACAAAAAUGAAGACAGGAAGAAGGAUCUUAGCAAGAUGAAGAGCUUACUGAAUAUCCUCACUGACCCCAAUACAAGGUGUCCACUUAAGACAUUACAGAAGUGUGAGAUUGCCUUAGAGAAACUGAAGAAUGAUAUGGCAGUGCCAACCCCACCACCGCCGAUAGUACCCGGGACAAAAAAACAGUACCUUUAUCAGCCCUUGCUAGAUGCUGUGAUGGCAAACAUUCGCUCUCCAGUCUUCAACCACUCCCUGUACCGCACUUUUGCCCCUGCUAUGACCGCCAUCCACGGCCCGCCAAUCACCGGGCCUUCGAUCCCAGCACGGAAACGGAAGCACGAGGAUGACGAACGCCAGACCAUCCCCAAUAUACUUCAGGGGGAAGUAGCUCGCCUCAACUCCAAAUUUCUGGUCAACCUCGACCCAUCCUUCUGUAGCAACAAUGGAACAGUGCACCUAAUCUGCAAACUGGAUGAUAAGAACCUUCCCAGUGUACCUCCUCUCCAACUCAGCAUUCCAGCAGACUACCCUGAACAGAGUCCUCAGUGGACAGACGAUGGUCAGCAGUAUACUGCCAACCCCUUCCUGCAGACUGUGCAUAAGAACAUGACAUCCAAGCUUCUACAACUGCCUGACAAACACUCAGUGACAGCCCUGCUAAACACUUGGGCUCAGAGUGUGAGACAGGCAUGUCUCUCUGCAGCUUAAAGUCCCUAAAGUGACUGUACUCAACAUGUCAUCCCACCCAAACUGAACUCCAUCAAGCUCCCCUAAGACUCCACUCAAGCAAUCACCAGGACCAUGUUACUGAUGCCGUUAAUGAAUUUGACCAACAGUGUCGUGUUACAGAGGGCAUGAAUGAAUUUUACCUCUGGUGUCAAAGGGUGGUGUUUAUAGUGGAAUUUUAUUUGGGAUGAAUAGGGAAAAAAAAGUAAAACGCAAUGCUGAGACCUCUGCUAUGUAUGAGUAGAAGUAUGUAA